UCGCUUCAAUAUCCCCCAAGAUGGCCGCCAAUGUGGGAUCGAUGUUUCAAUAUUGGAAGAAAUUGGAUCUGCGGCGGUUGCAGAAGGAGCUGAAUUCAGUUGCAUCAGAACUAGCAGCUCGACAGGAAGAGAGCGAGCAAUCUCACAAGCGUCUAAUAGAAUUGAGCCGUGAAUUCAAAAGAAAUGUGCCAGAGGAGAUUAGAGAAAUGGUUGCACCUCUCCUAAAGACCUUCCAGGCUGAGGUGGUAGCACUUAGUAAAAGAAGCAAGGAGGCUGAGGCUGCCUUUCUUAAUGUUUACAAGCAAUUAAUAGAAGCACCAGACCCUGCCCCUUCUCUUGAAGUAGCUCGAAAUCUGGAGGAGAAGCUGCUCCAACUCCAACACGAUGAACCAGAGACUCCAAUAGAGAAGGAGAUCUUCAAGCACUGUAAGAAGCAAUCCGAGCUGCUCAGCUGCGAAGCCACCGAACAAUCAGCAGAAACCUCUCCAGUUAGGAUCAGGGUGUCUGAAGAAUUACAAAAGACCAUCAUAGACAGCACACCACUUAAAAGCGAUAACCUGUCACAGAAAAAUGAGGCAGAAAAAGAAAGCAGACUGCAGGAAGCACAGAUUACCUUGGCUGCCAGACUUGGGGAAGCAGAAGAAAAAAUUAUGGUCCUUCACUCAGCUUUGAAGACAACACAAACAGAGCUCCUGGACCUGAGGUGUAAAUAUGAUGAAGAAGCAGCAGCGAAGGCAGAUGAAGUGGGGAUGAUCAUGACCAACUUAGAGAAAGCUAAUCAGAGGGCUGAAGCUGCUCAGAGGGAAGUGGAGAGUCUUCGGGAACAGUCUGUAAAUUGCUCCAUUCAUUUGGCCUGUCGUUCUCCACGGAUUGGUGGAGUGGAUCAAGCAAAUGUUUUGAUGUGCACUGGUUCGAGACUGGAGGCUGCAUUGGUUGCUAAAGACAGAGAGAUUAUCCGACUGCUGAAAGAGAUUCAACACCUGCAGACUGCAUUCCAUGAUCUCCAGGAGAGUUCAGCAAAUCAGAUUGCAGAGUUGGAGCAGCAGCUAGCACUGAAAACUGAAGCUGUGGAGAAGUUAGAAAAGAAAUUGUGUGCACAAUUAGACCACGAAGAACAUAAAACCGAAUCAAGUGUUUUCAAAUCUGUGAACCCAGUAUCUGCUGAUGGCUGGACAUCCCAGGAUAGGAAAAAAGAUAACAAGGAUUAUCUGCCAGAGAAAGAGAUGACCCUUCCACCCGAGAAGAGAUGUUUACAAGAGAAACCAAAUGCAUAUGCAGAGAUGGAUGAGGUGCAACCUGAAGAAGAUGCCAUGAAAGAUCCUCUGAAUGGUGUGAAGGAUACCUCAAGCAUUGAGCAUUCUUCACCGUCUCCUCAGCUAGUUCCACAUUGGUCCAGAGAUGAACAAGCCUCUCCAAAGGCCAUACCAGCACAUGUGUCAGCCCAAGGACCUGACACAUCAGGAGCAUUUCCCCUCUCUCCAAUCCCCUUAGUUAAAACAAGUGAGAAACCCUCUGCAGAGCCUCUGCACCAUAGGCCAUUGAUGUCGCCCUUGUACUCAAAAGAAGCUGUAAAUACAGUUGUUUACCCAACUGCACUCUACUCUGCCAAGGGAGCCCUAAUUGUAGGGAACAGUUCCAGUAACAGUGAAGCUGUUCCACCAAGUGACCAGUCAGAAGGCAGCAGUUCGAGUGCUGGUGACGAAGAAUAUCUGGAGACAGCUGACAUUGCUUUUCAGGUUAAAGACCAGCUGCUAAAGCACAACAUUGGACAACGUGUGUUUGGACACUAUGUUCUGGGAUUAUCACAAGGAUCUGUUAGUGAGAUUCUUGCCAGACCCAAACCAUGGCAUAAGCUUACUGUUAAAGGGAAGGAGCCUUUUAUUAAGAUGAAGCAGUUUUUAUCUGACGAGCAAAAUAUCCUUGCCCUUCGAACUAUUCAAGUGCGACAGAGAGGGAGUAUAACUCCCAGGAUUCGGACACCAGAGACUGGAUCAGAUGAUGCCAUUAAAAAUAUCCUGGAGCAGGCAAAGAAAGAGCUUCAGACUCAAAAAUCUGUUGAAUCUAAAAGCUCUCCCUUGCCUGUGUGCAGUACAAGUUCCAGCAGUAGUGCUGGUUCUGAUGAAGCGAUUCGUUCUAUCCUGGAGCAGGCCCGACGAGAGAUGCAGGCCCAACAGCAAGUUCUGUUGGAGAUGGAGACCAGUAGCAGCAACAGCAAUGCAGUGACAACUCCACAUGUAGAAACUUUACCAGCCACAAACAAAAUUCCUCUUUCCUCUUCCAUUAAACAAGAGGAAGGCAUUGCAACUAAAAGUUCACAGACUCCUCUCAGUGUAGUAUCACCUGCAGCCUUUGUGCAGAGCAUAAUACGAAAGGUGAAGUCAGAAAUUGGUGAUGCUGGAUCGUACUUUGACCAGCACUGGGCCACUGACAGGAAUGUGGCUCACAGGUUGUAUGCUUCAGUAUCGCCCUCGCCAUCAUCCUCUUCCUGCGGCUCUUCUGGGACGGGAACUGUUCGACAGUGGCGAGCAGAAGCCAGUGAGAACAGCAAAAACGGUGAGGAGCAGCCAGCCAGCUUUGAAGUACCUCCACUGACUCCAGAGCAGUAUGAAAUGUACAUGUACCGGGAGGUGGACACUCUGGAAUUGACCAGACAAGUUAAAGAAAAGCUGGCCAAAAAUGGGAUCUGCCAGAGAAUCUUUGGUGAAAAGGUGCUGGGCCUGUCCCAGGGUAGCGUGAGUGAUAUGCUGUCUAGACCCAAGCCAUGGAGUAAGCUAACUCAGAAAGGCCGCGAGCCAUUCAUCCGCAUGCAGCUGUGGCUUAUUGAUAAGCUAGGCCAGAACGCUACUCACCCUGCACAACCCGUACAAGCAAAUAAUGCCAUUCAGGCCAGGUAUUCACCGUCGCCUCCACCCAGCCCCGCUGACUGUGAGAAAAGCCAACAGGAGCCAGUCAGUGCAGCUCUGGAAAGCACAAAAGAGAACCAGCAACCUGAGGGCCAAUCAACUUCUCACUCACUGCGUGGUAAGAGCCUGUCCAAUGGCCAAUCACCUACAGGCAUUCAAGAAAUGGUGGCCAUGUCCUCUGAGUUGGACACUUACGCCAUCACCAAAAAGGUUAAAGAAGUGCUAACAGACAACAAUUUAGGUCAAAGGCUAUUUGGAGAGAGCAUUUUAGGAUUGACACAAGGCUCUGUCUCAGACUUGCUUUCUCGACCCAAGCCCUGGCACAAGCUUAGCUUGAAGGGGAGGGAACCGUUUGUACGUAUGCAGCUCUGGUUAAAUGAUCCCUUCAAUGUGGAGAAGUUGAGAGACAUGAAGAAAAUGGAGAAAAAAGCGUAUCUGAAGCGAAGAUAUGGAUUAAUAAACGCUGGAUCUGACAGUGAUUCUCCCAGCACCCAGUCGGAAUCAGCCAGCCCAAGCAUUCAGCACCAAGUAUUCCACCAUUACCAGGUGAAAAAGCCCAGGGUGGUGCUUGCUCCUGAGGAAAAGGAGGCCCUAAAGAAAGCCUAUCAGUCGGAGCCAUACCCCUCCCAACAGACCAUUGAGAGCCUGGCUUCUCAACUCAACCGUAAGACGAGCACAGUCAUCAAUUGGUUCCACAACUACAGGUCCCGUGUUCGAAGGGAAACGCUUGUUGAAGAUCUCCAGGAGAAUGAUACAGAUCAGGAGCCAACCAGCUGCCAAGGGUAUGCACACCACAAUCAUUCUCUAAGUGCCGGCAAAGCACAGAGUUCUGACUCGGAGCCGGAAGACAAGAAGGCUGUCUUUGCUGAAAUGAAGGGCAGGCUGCCGGCUGCUCUGGUGACACACGGGGAACCUGAAAUGGAGAUUAAACAGGAAUUCCGUGAUCAUUGUGAAGAGGAGGAUUAUGACCAUUGUGCAACCUGUUGCAUUGAAGAUAGUGUAGGGAGUGCUGCUUCAUCUGUACACUUCCCUGGCACUCUAAAACAGGAGCGGGUUAGAGCUGGUUGUAACCAUGAGAUCCAUCCGUUAAAAACUACCACAGUCCUGCAUAUCCAGAAUCCUCAAUGCUUGAUUAUUGGUUCAUCUAACUAUGAAAAGUUUCACGGUAAUUCGUCGGAUCUCGCGUCUCCUGGCAAAUCGCCAAAGCCUGAUGAGUGUGUCCCUGCACCUAAAGUGGCAGAAAGCAAUGGUUUCAAAGCAAUUUCUGAGCCUACGUGCGGCGGUCUGGAGGUGACUCUGAAUUCUCCUUCUGCAACCUCUUCACCGGGCCUAAUGUCAGUUUCUCCAGUCCCAUCCUCCUCUGCCCCCAUCUCUCCUUCACUUCCCACUGUCCCACAGGGGCAGUGCUUGAUUCCUGGGACUGAUAAUGUUCCUUUACAGCCAAACUCAAAGCUAACGAAAAGCAUCCAGAGACGCAAUGCAAAGAUGGCGAAUCUGAAUAACAUUAUUCAUCGUCUCGAAAGGGCAGCCAAUCGAGAGGAACCCACAGACUGGGAAUUCUAAUGCGAGGUUUUAUUAUGGGCAGUGAAUUUGUUUGUAACAAAACCACAGGAUGUGACAUUGAACUCUUCAAGAGUAGGAAGAAUUUUAAAUGUUUAAUUUAAAUUGAGACUUGGAAAAGCCAAAACUGCAGUAGUUUGUGCAGAAAGCUUUGAAUUUUAUGAAUUCACUCUUCAAUUAAUCUUCCAGAAUCACGUUUAGCAUCUGAAGAAAAAAAUAUUGACCACUAUUUUAAACAAAAAAAAUCAAACAACUUUUAGAAAAAGAAAUAUUUAUUUGUACAUGUCUUAUAUUAAGGACUGGUUGAAAACUCUGCUGUAGCAGUUUUCCUAUUUGUCAUUAGCUACAAAAUGAAAAUAACAAACAUUGAUUUUAGUGCCAUUAAAUGCACACUUGAAGUCCUGUAGUUUGCCGCAGGAAGAGAUUAAAGACUAUAGUCUAAAGCCAUUAAACAGCACUAUGAUCCAGAAGGCUGACCAAAUUUGCUAGCUCAUGGAUAGAAAUUGUUUUCUUAAUUUUGUCUUCAAGACAACUAAUUCAUAUUACCAGAAGUGAACUCUGAUAUAGUCAAGAAGACUCUAAAAAUAGGAACCUCAACACCAGGAACUAUGUUCUUAGUUUUGAUCAUGUGUUUUCAAACAUUUGUAACACAGGGUGUUAUGUGCAAUUGUAUAUGUUGUAGAAACUUCUGCAAUAGCCUUUCUUGAACAAGCUGUAGCAUGGUACGUGAUUAACUCUUCACUCCUGUUAGACAUUUGCCUGUGGUGUUCUGAAGAAUACCAAAAGUCUAAUGAACAGAACUUUGCCCAGCAAAAACAAGUAAUUUUGGAGUUUACAUUUUGUUUUUGUAACCAACUAUGGGACUAUGAAUCAAAGUCAGUAAAGCAUAAGAGGCAGCUGACAAAAUCUCUGCUUUAGGAGAAGAUAUUUUACUUCCCAAGUUGCCACGGUCUGGUGUUCAGCAACAGGACCUCGUUCCUUGCGUGAGCAUAUUCCAGUCCUAACAAUGCAGCUGGCCUCUUCAAAUCAAUCCUGAUUUUUAUCCACAUUUUGAAGGUUUUUUUUCCACCUUUUUAAAAUGUAGUUGAUGUGAUGAUGUUGGUGUAAUCUCAUUGCUGAAGGUUGAUGUGGGUUUUGGCUCUUCAGGAUUUCCUGCAGCACUUGAUUUUGUCUUGCACCAGAUUUAAAUCCUGUUUUGCUCAAGGCUACGGUAAUGCACUUGAUCAGAUUCAACUGAUCCUUUUUAUCCCUGCGUUCAUCUUACCUUAUCUUUUGUAUUUGUAAAAAGAAAACAUGAAGGCUGAUCACUAUCUAGCCUUUGUAGUCUUUCUCUGCACUUGGCCACUAAAUACAAUAUAUUUCCGUUGGUAUUGUGUAAGAGUUUUGACAUGCAGAUUGAUUUAUUCUCUGAUGCGGUGUCCCAAAUAUAGUGCUUCAGGUCACUAUUUUA